GUUUCAGGUAGAAAUCAGCGUCCAUGUACCGCACAGAGCAAGCUGUCGGUAUGAAUUUCUCCAUCAAGAACCUGUCUAGGAGCAUGAACAUCGAAAUAGACGCCGGAAAUCAAGUGACGGAUAGGGAUGAAAGCUUAGCCAAAAUAGAAAUUGCCGUGCUGGCGUUAAUAUUCAUAGUUAUGGUUAUAGGAAAUAGCACAGUCCUCUUGGCAUUGUGGAUCAGGAAAAGCUGCAGUGAUGCGAAGUUUAGCCAGACGGCUACUCUUACACAACACAACAGAAAAAAAGGAAUACUUAAACACAUCAACAAAAUAAUAACAUACAAAAAAAUACAGUUCAUAAGCAUGACAACAUUGACUGCACGAGACAAAUGCAGAUAGUAUUGUGAGAGUUUUAAAUUUGAAACAAAAAUAUUAGAAAAUAGUCAAAAUAAAGCACAUGAACACAAGAAAAACUG